UCAUUUGUUCCUCUCAGUGAAGGGUCUUGAUGGAUUUGCUCAGGGUUAAGAUUCAAGUGAGGAGGCAGAAUGCUGAUGUUCAGCUCAUGUUGCUCAGAAUAAACACAGCUUGUGGCGGACAUCCUGCUUCAUCCUCAAAGUCAGCACACAAAGCUCCUCAUUAGUUUGCCUGGUUACGGAGAGCAUCCAAGCAGGAAGCUGCAGACACAGUCAGUCGUCUGCAGACGAUGAGGCUGUGAUCCAUGAAUUGCAAAUCCUGGUUAUCGCUCCCAAAGAAAGACUUCUGCUCACCACCAUUCCCAUACCCUAGAGAUCCCAGACAUGCAACCAACAGACAGAAAAUGGCAGCCACCGAAGCGCUGAGGGGAGUCCUUCCAGUCCUUUCCGUCUGGGCUCCAAGUUUUUUUCCAUGAUGGCCUGCAAUAGCUCCACCACUGAGACUUAUCAGUACUUGCUGCUUAAUGGGAGCAACAUGUCAGCCUCUGGGGUCACCACACCCUCUGCCCCCCUCAGGAUAUCCUUGGCAAUAAUCAUGAUGCUAAUGAUCGUGGUGGGAUUCCUUGGCAAUUCUGUGGUCUGCAUCAUCGUGUACCAGCGACCAGCCAUGCGUUCCGCCAUCAACCUGCUGCUGGCCACUCUGGCCUUCUCUGACAUCAUGCUGUCCUUAUGCUGCAUGCCUUUCACGGCCGUCACCUUGAUCACGGUCCACUGGCACUUUGGGGAUUACUUCUGCCGGCUCUCAGCCACCCUUUACUGGUUUUUUGUCCUGGAGGGCGUGGCCAUCCUGCUCAUCAUCAGUGUGGACCGCUUCCUCAUCAUCGUCCAACGCCAGGACAAGCUGAACCCGCGGCGGGCCAAGAGGAUCAUCGCCGUUUCCUGGGCGCUGUCGUUCUGCGUGUCAGCGCCCUCGCUGGCUGGCCCGACGUUCAUGGAGGUGCCGGCGCGGGCCCCGCAGUGCGUACUGGGCUACACGGAGUUCCCAGCAGAGCGCGCCUACGUGGUGGUGCUGGUGGUGGCUGUGUUCUUCGUGCCCUUCAGCGUCAUGCUGUGCUCCUACCUGUGCAUUCUGCACACGGUCCGCAAGAACGCCAUCCGCGUGCACAACGAGUCCGACAGCCUGGACCUCAGACAGCUCACCAGGGCUGGCCUACGGAGGCUGCAGCGGCAACAGCAGGUCAGCUUGGACUUGAGCUUCAAGACCAAGGCCUGCACCACCAUCCUGAUCCUCUUCGUGGGCUUCUCGCUCUGCUGGCUGCCGCACUCGGUCUACAGCCUGCUGUCGGUGUUCAGUCAGGGCUUCUACUGCAGCUCCUCCUUCUACACCACCAGCUCCUGCGUCCUGUGGCUCAGCUACCUCAAGUCCGUCUUCAACCCCAUUGUCUACUGCUGGAGAAUCAAAAAAUUCCGUGAGGCCUGCAUUGAGCUGCUGCCCCAGACUGUCCAAAUCCUUCCCAAAGUGCCUGAGCGGAUCCGGAGGAGAAUCCAGCCCAGCACAGUCUAUGUGUGCAAUGAAAACCAGUCCGCCGUUUAGAAGGAUGCCAGCGGGAGGAGCCGCAUGUGCUAGUUCCAGGCCGGAAGGAGCUCAUACGCCCUUCUGCUCUGUGUCCCAGCAGCGUUGAUGGUAGUCUGCAGGUUUGGUGGCCCUCCCUGUAAGCACAAAUGUACCAUCUGUUCCCGGAUGGGUUGCAGCUCCCAGGUUUGCAAGAUGAAUUAUUUUUGUUCCUCACUGGAGAAGAGCCGUUUUGGGUUUUGAUGGAAAGUGGAAGGUAGUUGAGAUAAAGUGGGAAUGGGGUAGGCACAUGGAGGCAGAAAGUUAGGGAGAAGGCAAAGAGACUGAGUGUGGGGGCUGGAGAAAGGCUCUAAAGAGCUGCUUGUGCACCUGCUUCCAAGCAACCCUGUGGUGACUGCUCUGAGAUGGGAAACCCAGAAGGGAUCAUCUCAUGGGUUACCACUCCUUUGGUUUGAUGCCAGCCUUCUUCAUAGGUAUUUAUGUUUGUGGAGCAUGGGAAACACACAAGGCUCUUUAUGUUGGUCGGGUGUGGCUUUCUGAUCAUGCACAAUCUUCCUUUUGAUAAACCAAAAUCGCACCAGGAAGUAGAGUGAGCCCCUGUGCUUUUCAGUUGCUCAGUGGGACACAUGGGAGGUUUCCAUGGCUUGAAGCCCAGAGAAUGAUCGGGGUAGCUCAGCUGAAAUGAGAAGUCCACCCAAGCGAUCCUGCAUUUACCCAACCGCUCCUACCUGGCCUAGCCCUGUCCCUGGGCCCUGAAGCCCUCCCUGUGGGCCUUGAGAGUCCCCCUGCCCCUUCUCUCUUUUCCCCCACUGUUCCCCAUGCCUCCCUUUGUUUCAUGCCAUCCAUCCCAUGCACAGAAGAAACCCAUUCUUUCUGUAAUUCAUCUUUUCAGUAAGUAUCCAUAGUGACUUGCUCUCAGUUUCAAAAGCGGUCAAUGGGCUUGGUUUAUGUUUUCUCCCAAGUGCCCAAGGCUGCUGUCUUGGUGAGCUGCUGCAUGGACUUCAGCACAGGGGCUGGAGUGGGGGCAUCAUAAACACCUGACCUGCUGAGCUCUGAGUGGUUCCCCACUGAGCUCUGCCUUCCUCCUACCUCAUUCAGAUCCGCAGUCUGACUGCUGCUGUCCAGGCCACCUGCCAGAACCUGGGGCUCCCAACCCCAGUUGGGACCAGGAGCCCAGGACUAAAGCUGCCUGGAGGGGACCUUUAUGCUUGUGCUAUCCACUCGGCCACUGUGCCCAGGGCCACCCUUCAUCAUCAGGAGCUUCUGAUGUUCAGGGGAUGAUUUUCAAGUUCAGGCAUGCCACUGAGGUCACUGAGUUCUCGUUACAGCUUCGGAUCUGAAGAGAGUGCGAAAUUCAAGGAGAUUCCAAAAAUCUGAUUGCAAGUCUAACUCUGUCAGGAGCUAGUCCUGUGAACUUGUUCAUUUCACCACACUUCACAGGGUCUCAGUUUCCCCAAUUGCCAAGGAAGGAAGGAGGUCCAGAUGAGGUCCAAUGUCCCUUACUGUUUCACAGAUGCUCAGAUUCUGUGUGUCUGUUUCCUUUCCUACUUGGACUCAGCAGAUCCCCUGUGUGUGUUUGUUUACCCAUGCAAUGAGCUUUUAUUAAGUACCUAGUAGAUGCAAGGCACUGUGGGAAUAGUGACGAAUAAUGCAUGGGUUGUGACAAAAACCAGUUGUCCAACGUAUUUCAGGACAGUCGUAAGUUGAAAUUGAUCUAACAGCACAGAAGGUCUCUUUUUGUCUCUUUUCUCAUUUCCUUUCCAAGACUGUUAAGAGGCCAACUCCCCAUUCUAUUGCUCUUUUCCUGCAGUACCGGUUACAGAGGGAAAGAAAGAGAACAUGAUUUACAUUAACCUAAGUCCAGAGGAAGGUCUGUUAAGGAAAUAAUUGCCACUUUCUCACCAACUCCCCCAUCCAUUUAUAUGCAGACGAGAGCGCAGAGAGAUAGAGAUAGAGAGAGAAUGCACAGGAAGACUGGCAGUUGGCGUGUGACUGAUUGACGUGGGUCCGGUCAACUCCGUGUCCCUAGUGCACCAGGCAGGGCCAGGUUUUGCCUUCAGUUCCCUCAAGAUGAGUUGCUUGGCUUCAGUUGUGUCCAGAAGCACAGCCAGACCACCCUGGGUAAUAGACCCCUGGGACCUCCCCUCUGGUGGGAGCUUAAGAGAAUGUUCUUCAGGAGCAAAAAAGAAAUCACAAGCUGAAUGAAUAAAGGUAUCCAAAUUUCUGUCAACCAGUGUUAUAUGCUAUAUGUUGGACAGUAGUAUAUAUGUUUUAAAGUAAUAAUUUUGUAUAUAUUUUAAAUAAAGUAUUAUUGCU